ACCCUUGGGUCAGCCAAGACGUCCUUCAACGUCUUCUGCUGCGUCCUCGGCAUCGGCUCCCUGGCCAUGCCCUCCAACUAUGCUCGCGCAGGACCCGUGUACGCCACCAUCGCUCUGGGCUUCAUGAUCUUUGCCAACACGUACGCUGCCAUCAAGUUGUCCCGAGCGAUGCUCGCCGCUCCAUCGUCCGUCAAGACGUACGGUGACCUCGGUGAGUGGGCUCUGGGCAGGUGGGGGCGCUUCUCCUCCGUGGUCUCGCAAAUGGGCGUGUGCGUGCUCGUGCCCAUUGCCUUCCUGAUCCUCGGUAGCAGUCUGCUUGACGUGCUGUUCCCGGUCUGCUUCAGCCAGACGUUCUGGAUCAUCUUCAUGGCGCUCAUGGUCAUCCCAGUCUGCUUGAUCCCGACGCUGAAGGAGAGCGCUGGUAUGGCGUUUGCCGGCUGCAUGGUAACCGCCAUCGCCGAUAUCAUCGCGGUUGCCAUUCUGCAGUGGAACAUGCGUGGCCACCCGUCGAUCCCCAAGCCUGAUGUAUCGGUGCACCAGGUCUUGACCUGCUUCGGUAACCUCGCAGUGGCGUACGGGGCCGCUAUCGUCAUCCCCGACCUGCAGCGCGAGCACUCCCAGCCACAGCGCAUGCCUCGCGUGCUCAUGAUCAGCAUUGUCCUAAUCUCCGCCUUCUUCUUCGCGAUCGCGUUGGCCGGGUACUUGGCAGGCGGCUGCCAGAUCUCUGGUAACGUGCUCUACUCGAUCGUGGACACCUCCAACCCGAUGGGUCCGACUGCGCUUGGCUUCACUUCCAGUCGUGCUGCUGUCGUCAUGUCCUACAUCUUCAUGCAAAUCUGA